CACCCGCCCUGAACACGUGGCAGGGGCCCACUUCCGGCGGCCUGCAGCACACAGCCUCCGCUUUCCUCUCACCUUCUUCCCCACGAUUCCGACCCGCAAGAUCCGCUUCCCGUCUUCUCGGCUCGCACCUCGGCACCCGCAGCUCACCUCCCAUGGGCUCUCGCAGUCGCUGACACUGGAGCCCACCGCUCUCCUCCGCGUCCGCCUCCUCCCCCUCCUGCUCCUCUUACUGCCUCCACCGACCCGCGCCGACAGCCCACGCUCGCCGACCUCGCAAACCCUAACCCUAGCUGUCGCCGGAACAGCCUGGUCGGCUCGCCGCUCGUCCUCCCGAAGCCUCUCCGAACUCUUGGAUGCGCCGGCUGCUACGAUGGCUGCCCCGCCGCCCGCCGCCCACAGCCCCGAUGGCGUGGAGAUCCGCGACGUCUGGGCUGGGAACCUGGAGGAGGAGUUCGCCGUGAUCCGCGGCGUCGUCGACGCGUAUCCGUACGUUGCCAUGGACACGGAGUUCCCCGGCAUCGUGGUGAAGCCGGUCGGUAACUUCCGCACCUUCGGCGACCACAACUACGCCAUCCUCGAGGGCAACGUCAACUUGCUCAAGCUCAUCCAGCUCGGCCUCACCCUCUCCGACGAGACCGGCGCGCUCCCGCCGUGCGGCACGGGGGGGCGGGGCUGCAUCUGGCAGUUCAACUUCCGGGGCUUCGACCCGCGCUCCGACCCCUCCAACGCCGACUCCAUCGACCUGCUCCGACGCAGCGGGAUCGACUUCGACCGCUUCGCGGCCGAGGGCGCUGACACCGCCCGCUUCGCCGAGCUGCUGAUGUCAUCUGGCGUCGUGCUCAACGCCGAUGUCCAAUGGAUCACUUUCCACAGUGGGCAUGACUUCGGCUACCUGCUCAGGCUGCUCACCGGGCGGAACAUGCCGGACACCUUGGAUGAGUUCGUGGAGCUCACCAAGAUAUUCUUCCCGGUGCUGUACGACAUCAAGCAUCUCAUGAAGUUCUGCGGUGGCGGUGGCCUAUACGGCGGGCUGAGCAAGCUUGCUGAGCUGCUCAGUGUCAAGCGUGUUGGGACCAGUCACCAGGCUGGUUCUGAUUCACUGCUGACCCUGCAGUGCUUCAAGAAGCUUAAGGAUGUGUAUUUAAAAGAAUCAGUCAAGAUGUAUGCUGGUGUGUUGUUUGGGCUUAUUCCAGGGGUUGGGGAGAACAAACCACCACCUCUGCCCAUUGAAUGAAUAAUGGAUAGUUAAAUAACAAGAAUCUGAAUGAGAAAAAUGGAGAACAAAACCUAUCAUCAGUGAAUA